AUGGUAUUGGAACAAACACUAAUGGACAGCAAGUGGGCGACCACAGAACUGUCCUGGACCACAUUUCCGGAGAGUGGGUGGGAGGAGGUGAGUGGCUACGACGACUCAAUGAGUCCUAUCAGGACAUACCAGGUGUGCAACGUGCGCGAACCCAACCAGAACAAUUGGCUGAGGACGGACUUCAUCCCCCGUAAGGGCGUGCUGCGCGUCUACGUGGAGCUCAAGUUCUCCGUCCGUGACUGUGCCAGUAUUCCCAACAUCCCCGGCUCCUGCAAGGAGACCUUUAACCUCUUCUACUACGAGUCCGAUGGCGAUACCGCUACGGAAAGUAGUCCCUUGUGGAGGGAGACCCCUUAUGUCAAAGUUGACACCAUUGCCCCUGAUGAGAGUUUUUCCUUGCUCGAAGCAGGCAGGAUCAACACCAAAGUGCGAAGCUUUGGCCCUAUUUCCAAGGCCGGCUUCUACCUAGCCUUCCAGGACCUGGGGGCUUGUAUGUCCUUGAUAUCCGUGCGGGUUUUCUUCAAGAAGUGCUCGACGACCAUCGCAAACUUCGCCGUCUUCCCCGAGACGGCCACAGGGGCCGAGGCCACCUCCUUGGUCAUCGCCCCGGGGGCGUGUGUGUCUAACGCGCAGGAGUUGUCCGUCCCUCUUAAGCUGUACUGCAACGGGGAUGGGGAGUGGAUGGUUCCCGUGGGGUCUUGUACCUGCAUGCCGGGGUUUGAGCCUGCUAUGGCUGACACACAGUGCCAGGCGUGCACCCCCGGGUCAUUCAAGUACAAGCAGGGGGAGGGCUCGUGUUACCCCUGCCCCCCCAACAGUCGCACGAGCUCCAGGGGGGCCAACAUCUGCCUAUGCCAAAAUGGCUUCUAUCGUGCCGACAGUGACCCUGCGGACUCAGCCUGCACCACCGUGCCCUCGCCACCUCAGAACGUCAUCUCCACGGUGAACGAGACCUCGAUCGCCCUGGAGUGGGAGGAGCCGCUGGACGUCGGCGGGCGGGACGACGUCAUCUACAACGUGGUGUGUAAGAAGUGUCUGCGCGACCAGAGCCCGUGCUCGCGCUGCGACGACAACAUGGACAUGUCGCCGCGCCGACUCGGCCUGACCCAGAAGAAGGUGGUGGUGAGGAACCUGCAGGCGCACACCCGCUACAGCUUUGAGGUCCAGGCGGUCAACGGCGUCUCUGGGAAGAGCCCUGGCGCACCGCGAUACGCCACCGUCAACAUCACCACCAACCAGGCCGCACCGUCAGCAAUACCCACAGUGCACCUGAUGAAGUCAACGUCAGACACCCUCAGCCUGUCCUGGCUUCCCCCAGAGAAACCCAACGGGGUCAUCCUGGAUUACGAGAUUAAGUACUACGAAAGGGGCCAGGCCAUGUCUCACACGGUGACGGCCCAGCACAGCUCAACCCGUGUGGAGGGACUGAGGGCUGCCACUCCCUACGUUGUCCAGGUCCGGGCUCGCACUGUGGCUGGCUACGGGCACUACAGCAUCCCUAUGGACUUCAGCACCUCCAUACACAGUGACCCUCAGAAAUCGGUGCAGGACCAGCUGCCGCUCAUCGUGGGCUCGGCGUCGGCCGGUCUAGUGGUCAUUGUUGCCAUUGUGGUCAUGGCCAUAGUUUGCUCUAGGAAGCAACACAGCAGUUCGGAGCUGGAGUACACAGAGAAGCUGCAGCAGUACGUUUCCCCGGGGGUGAAAGUAUACAUUGACCCAUUCACUUACGAGGACCCCAACGAGGCCAUCCACGAGUUUGCCAAGGAGAUAGACAUCUCGUGUGUGAAGAUCGAGGAGGUCAUUGGUGCAGGUGAGUUCGGGGAGGUGUGCCGCGGGCGCCUGAAGCAGGCCAGCCGCCGUGAAGGUGUGGUGGCCAUCAAAACGCUGAAGGCGGGUUACACAGACCGCCAGAGGCGGGACUUCCUGGGGGAAGCGUCAAUCAUGGGCCAGUUCGACCACCCCAACGUGAUCCGGCUGGAGGGCGUGCUGACCCGCAGCUGCCCCGUGCUCAUCAUCACCGAGUUCAUGGAGAACGGAGCGCUGGACUCCUUCCUCAGGCUGAAUGAUGGGCGCUUCACGGUGACCCAGCUGGUGGGCAUGCUGCGUGGCAUGGCGUCGGGCAUGAAGUACCUCUCGGACAUGAACUAUGUCCACCGGGACCUCGCCGCCCGCAACAUCCUGGUCAACAGCAACCUGGUGUGUAAGGUGUCCGACUUCGGUCUGUCCCGUUUCCUGGACGACUCAUCAGUCGAUCCUACCUACACCAGCUCUCUGGGAGGUAAGAUUCCCAUCCGCUGGACCGCCCCCGAGGCCAUCGCCUUCAGGAAGUUCACCUCGGCCAGUGACGUGUGGAGCUACGGAAUCGUCAUGUGGGAGGUGGUAUCCUACGGAGAAAGGCCCUACUGGGACAUGAGCAACCAGGAUGUGAUGACUGCUGUGGAGCAGGACUACCGCUUGCCCCCUCCCAUGGACUGCCCCAUGGUGCUGCACCAGCUCAUGCUGGAGUGCUGGGUGAAGGAGAGGAACCUGAGGCCCAAGUUCUGCCAAAUCGUCAGCACCCUGGACAAGCUGCUCCGCAACGCCGCCACCCUCAAGGUGGUCACCAGCACAUACUCGGGGGAUCUUUUGCGGAUCGGGGGGACACUGCCUGGCCACCACAGGAAGAGUCUGGACAGCAGUCAGAAUGAUAUAGUUCGACAACCGAUGAGCACGACUCUCCCCAUCAGGGUCUAAGGUUUCGGUCUGGACCAACAAACCAACAAACAACCAAACAGAGACCGCAUGGGAAACUGGACCCACUAGAAACUACCUAGGAACUCUACUUGCAGAGCCCAAUGGAUGAAUGAAUGACCAUACCUAGACAAAACAAACAUUGUCUACUGUAACUAGACAAAACAUUGUCCACAGUAGACAAAAACGUCUACUCUACCUAGACAAAACUAACAUGGAAAAGGAAGUGUCGAGUUUGGACAGCUUCAGUAGGGCACCGUAGAAAAUAGACUCUUGAGAAGCUUGUGGAUAACCCAUCAUUGAUGUUGAAUUGAAUUUGUGAACCGUCCAUUGACAGAAAGCCAAACUCCCCCUCAGGUUGUGUUUGCAUGUCUGCAUGUGCUUUCUGCUGACUGGGAUGUGUUCUUUUCCCAAAAUGAUUUCCAUGUCUCCUCUGCCACUAUCGUUGACUUUGACCAUGGAUGGGAAUGGACAUGGAUACUGUGGACUUCGACGUCUGGAACGAGUGCAAUGAUGAUGCAAAAAGGUUUGUUCACACAUGGGACUUUAAGGAUGGAUUCAAUGGAUUCUAAAUGAAUGUGGGCACCUGAACGAUUGUAUCCCAAUGCCCAUGGACAGGGAACCUGAUUACAGACGUCUAUAACAAUUGCUGUUUUUGAUCUGGUUUCAUUCACUUUCUUUAAAUGUGGUCUUCCAUGUUACUGGGAGGUUUUGGUUUCAUGAUACUGUAUGUGUUGUUGUGUGUCCUCUUCACCUACUGUGGAUAAAGGGGGUGACUGAGAAGGACUUAUUUGACUGUACAGGACACACCAUCAUGUGCAUGCCAUGCUAACGUGGAACUGUUGCGGAUGAACGUCAUGCAAACAAGAGACGAUGGUUCCGCAUUAACUGUUACUCUACAGACAUAUGCCAUAUUUUCAUACUCUUAUUUUGUUCAACUAUGCCUUGUUUUGGAUGCUAAGUUAUUACUUAUUGUUUAAAAAAAAUUGAAUAUUCACACAUUAACUCAAUACGCUAAACAGUGAAUUUAAUGAUUAAACAAGAAUCAAAUAUUUUACGGAGGCUGGUGCUCAUAGGAAAGGGUUAAUGGUGAACAAUAGCUAUUUCUAGUCACCAGUGCUGGCUCACAUUUUCAACGUGUCAGUACAGUUGUCAAUUCCAUUAUUCUGGACUAGCUGCUGAUAUCUUAGCCUGGGGCUCCAGUCCCUUUGUGCCUCAACCAACUCCUCUCUGUGUUCAUCCAUUGUCAUGCCUAACAUGUUUGGCCUGACAACGGUAGUCAGGGGAGUUGGCUAAAGCACAUACAGUAUGGAACCAGACGGUUGAUGUGUCAGAUCUAUUCUUUAGUAAAAUGUGUCAAGGAUCAAUGCAAAUGAAAAAGGUCACCGUUGAGAUAAUAACUAUGUGACCUUAUCAUCAA